AUGCUCUCCCUCACCCACGUCCUCGUCACUCCGACCUCGAUCACCGCCAUGACGCCCAGGACCGUCGGCGCCGGCGUGACCUUUACCGCCACCUUUGCCGUCGCCCCGGGCCACCGCAUCCACUCGCCGACUUCGCAGUUUGCCUUUUCCACUGACUGCUCUGGCAGUACGCCGCAGUACGAGACCGCCUACAACUCGGAGAGCGGUCGCUACACCGGCGUCUCCAUCCCGACCUUUGGCACCUACAAGCUCUGCGUUCGAUCGUCGACCAGUUCUCUGCGGGUCGAGAUGACCGGCAUCCAGCUGGUUGUUGCUCCCAGCGGUGUCAACGCCAUCGCCUCGGUCACCCCGCCGUCUAUCGCUGCCGGUGCUCCGGCCCGGUUUGUCUUUUCUGGUGCCCAGGUGACCGACACCGGCACCCGUCUUGCGCUCGUCGCCAGCGGAGCACCGUCAUGUGUCGUGGAUAACCAUGUUGCACCGGCUGUGCCGUACUCUGCGACUGGGUCUGUCCUCGUGGCGCCAUCGCUUGCAGCGGGCGCGUAUCACGUGUGCUACUCGGUCGAUGGCGGUGUGUCGUUUGCGCGCCAGACGGGCCCGGUCAUCACUGUGGUCGACGUCACUUCAUCUACCAUCUCGUCAUUCUCGCCGCAAAGCGCGUACGCCGACGAUGCUGGUGUCUUUCUUGAGCUCAACGGCCUGUCGAGCGUGCUCUCUGGACAGGUCGGGCUCUCGACAGCGCCCGACUGCUCAGUCCCGCCUUCUACUGCCACCAUCUCCAACGCGGUGGUGGUCAACGGGCGCGGGAUGGCGUCGAUAUCGCUCAACAGCGGCGUGCCUGCGGGUCAGUACUACCUCUGUCUUGCAUCAGCGGCCAAGCCAGGUACGUGGGUGGGACAGGCUAGCGGCGCAGCGUUCGUGGUCUUCUCGCCACCCAGUGCGACCUCGUUGACGCUGGACUCGCCGCCAGCGGUGCUCGGCAACUCGUUGAGCUCGUAUGUGGUGAGCUUCACGGCCGGCGGUGGACCGCCGGGCGCCAAGGUGGCCAUCUCACCCUACGCCUCAUGUCAGGACCGCAAGGUCGAGGUGGCGCUUGCCGAUGGCUCGAUCGACCUCGCGCUCAGCGUCGACUACGGCGAGCCGGCGGCGCAGCUCUCCAAGAACUACCACGUCUGCUACACAGCCGAGGGCACGCGUUGGGGCUCGACGGGGCAAACGAUCCAGUACGCGAUCGACUCGCCGAAUGCGAUGACCGAUCUGGUACCGUCGACGGUGCUGAACGGGACGCAGCCGCUCAUGACCUUUGGGUCGCUGCAGCAGACGUCGGUGCCGUCACAGGUCCAAGUGGCGCUCCUGCAUCCAGACGCCAAUCAGGACUGUGGGCAGACGGGCUUCCACAUCGGGACGGUUGAUGUGCAGGCCAAGAACCAGGAGCUUCUGGUGAGCGAGGCGCUCGCCGAGCCUGGUGUGUUCGAUGUCUGCCUCACAGUCAACGGCGGAGCGACAUGGACGCGGCAACUUCGAUCGCAAGUGUCUGUGGUGAACGAGCCGCUGGCGCUGUCGAUCGAGUCUGCCACGCCGCAGAUUGUGGCGUCUGGUGUGCCCGGUCUCGCGUUCGACAUUGUGACCGAUGCCCGCGACGGGACGACACAGCUUGCAAUGGCCAAGUCUGGAGCGUGUGUUUCGGGGCGGAUUGGCGAAGUGGCGUACACCACCGGUUCGCCGUCGCCGCCACCGUUCACGGCGCCGACGGGGCUAGACAAGGGCAAGUAUCAGUUCUGCUUCUACAAGCCUAUUCUUCUCGCCGAAUGGGUGGCGCAGAUCGCAGUCGGUGCGGAGAUCACGGUCGUGUCGUCGACGGAGGCGCUGAUUCUGUCGUCGCUCGAGCCUGCGUUCCUUGGCUCGGGCAUGACGAGUGACCUCGUGCCGUCGGGGACGUCGAACCUCAUCGGGGCGUCGUCGACCAAGGUGGCGGUCAUUCCGGUUGCCGACUCGUGCGGCUCGGUGCCGGUCGCGAGCGAGCGUGAGUUUGGAUACGGCAACACGACGAUCCGUGGGUAUGUCGGCGAUCCGACACCGGGCAUGUACAAGGUGUGCACGCAGAUGGAUGCCACGACGGCGUGGGUGGAGAAUCCUGCGGCAACGUUUACGGUUGUCGGGCCGAGUGCAGACCGGUUUGUGACGCCGGUGCCAAACGUGAUGGGCGCCAAGACGCGGCCGACGAUCACGCUGACGGGCAACGGAGCUUACCACGCCAAGGGCGCGACGGUGGGGCUCUCGACCUCGGCGAGCUGCGCGAGCGUGGAUGCGUCGGUGGAUCUCAGCACCGACCUUGGGGCAACCGUGGCUAUCACGGUGGACCGCGACUACGCGUCGGGCCCGCUGUAUGUGUGCUACUCAACAGACGGCAAGGCAAGCUACACGGCGCAGAGCGCAACGAUCGAUGUGGUGACGAUUGACACAAACACGCUGACGUCGGUGGACCGGCGAUACCACCCUGCAGACAAGAGCGGGCUGACGAUGACGUUUAGCACGUUUACGCCUGUGGCGACGGGCGCAAUCGCAUUUGCGGCGGCAGGCAAAAGCUGCCUUAUUCUGGGUGACCGCGAGGCUGUGACGGACAUGACGGCGACAGGACCGGUGACGCUGUCUGCGCCACUGGCAUUGGGAGCGUACUCGACGUGCUACACGGUCAAUCGUGGGGCGCCGUCCGAGGAGUGGACGCAGCAGUCGUCGGUGACGCUCACGGUGCAAGCUGGAAGCAGCACGACAGUGACAGGCCUGGUGCCGGCGGAGGUGCCGUCCGGAGUGGACGACUUUGUGCUAACGGUAUCGUCGUCGAUUGUGCUGAUGAGCGGCGUCGAGCUCGGGUUUACGCUCACUGCCGGCGACUGCUCGUCCCCGCAGGUUGUGACGCUCAUCAACAACGGGUCGCAGACCGAGUACGUGCUUGGCGGCGGGAGCGGCGGAUUCACGAGCGCAGGCGUGUACUACGCGUGCGUGCGAGUCGACUCGGACGUGCCGACGUGGCUGGCGCAGACGGGUGUGUCUGUGCAGGCGAUUGCUGCGACGGCGACGACGGUGACGAGCCUGUCGCCGCUUAUGGUACCUGUCGGCGUGAACCCGGUGUUUGCGAUGACCGGCUCCAACAUCAAGCCGUCUGCUGCGACGCGGGUGUUCUUCUCGUCGUCGGCGUCGUGCACGCCCGAGCUGGGCGUGAUUCCGAUUGUGAGCGGGACCGAGACGCAGUGGACGUCGGCGAUCAACACACCGGGCAACUACACGGUGUGCUAUGGGGUGCACGCGACGCAGGUUGUGGCGCAGACAAGCGUGGGCAAGCUGGUGGUGCGCGGUGCGACUGACGCGAUUGAUCAUGUCGACCCGCGUGUUGUGGGCGUGGGCUCGAAGCCGACGUUUGCGCUGUCGGGAGUGUACUUUGAGUCGUCGUCGUUGAUGUCGCUGGUGCCUGUGGGCGUCGGGUGUGGAGCCGGGGCCGGGACGUACGUGGAUGUGCCGUGGACUGGGCCAACGAUCGCCGCGGCGAGCGCGAUGCCUGCAGCAGGCGACUAUGUGGCGUGCUACUCGUGGGACGGCAGCCGUGGCGGGCUUGUGCAGCAGGAUGGACCGCUUGUGCGUGUGGUGAACGUGACUGCGAACGAUGUGGUGGAUGUGAACCCGAAGUUGUUUGGCACGACCAAGCCGCCGCCGCUGACGAUCAGCCUCAACGCUGGGGUGGAGAUCUCUGCGACGACGUGGUUCGCACUUGUUGCGCAGGGCGUGGCAUGCGAUUCCGAGAACGUGGACGGCGCUGUCUCGCUCGGAUCUGGGGCGACAACGUUCAACCUGGGGCCGUUUAACUCGCCAUCGGGGCCGUACGAGGUUUGCUUGUCUGUGGAUGGCGGGCUGAGCUACGUCAAGCAGGCUGGGCUCAAUGUGACGGCGCUCUCUGCGCAGCCGACAACGAUUACAGGCUGGAACGUGCUCGAGGCCGGAGUGCAGACGGAGAUUGUUCUCGCUGGUGCGACGGCGUCGGUCAACACCAAGAUCGGGUUUGACCGCGUGUCGGGCGGGUGCCAGGUGCCGAGCAACGUGCUGUACGCGCGCGACUACAAUGAGGCUGGGCCUGGCGGACUCGCGUAUUUUAACGUGACGUUUGCUAACGCUGGCGAGUACGUGGUGUGUCUGUCUGUGGACAGUGGCGACAACUACGUGAUGCAGAGCCUUGCCGAGACGCGUGUGCAGGUGAUUGUGUGUGCCGCGCAGACAUCGUGCGGCGCGUGUGCGUCGAUCUGCUCGUGGUGCCUCGAGGAGUCAAGCUGUGUGUCGCGUGUGGGGAUCGGCGGCGGGGCGUGUGCCAACACGACGACGGUGAUUCCCGGGCUGAGCGGCGAGAACCGGGCGUGUCCGACGGGCACGCCGUCUGCGUCGUCGGGCUCGAUGCAGGGCGGGACCGAGGUUGUGUUUUCGGGCGGCCCGUUCCUGCCUGGCACGACGUGUCAGUGGGACCGUGGUGCCGGGCAGGACAUUGUGGAGCUUGCGGCACCUACGUGCGUGUCGCCGACGUCGCUGGUGGCGACAACUGGAACGCUCACGCUGCGGUAUAUCGACGAGGACUAUCUUGCACCUGUGCCGUUCGAGUACUACUCGUGCCUGCUCCGGGACACGUGCUCCGAGUGCUGGGAGGCAGCGCGGCCCGAGUGCGGGUGGUGCGUGGACACGCAGCAGUGCACGAUUGCGUCGUCGUGCGUGAACCCGAACGCGACGGCGCCGUCCGAGACGCCGCUGUUUGGCGGGCAGGGCUGCCCGUCUGUGGACGCGAUUGCGCCGCUCAACGGGCUUACAUCGGGUGGUGAGACGGUGACGGUGACCGGCGUGCUGUUCACCAACUACUCGCGGCUGCUGUGUGCGUUUGACGGAGUGCCGGUCAACGAGACGGUGUAUGUGUCCGAGAGCGAGCUGCAGUGUUCGACACCGCAGCGCGGGGCCGGUGGCGCGCAGUUUACGGUGGUGGCGCCGUGGGGCCGGUUUGACGAGACGACGCUGUUCUUUGUGUUUGAGCAGCCUGCGGCGGUACCCAAGCCGCCGGAGCCGCCGCUGGGCACGAGCUCGAUUGUCGGCAUUGCGGUUGCGGGAGCUGUUUGCUGCCUGCUGAUUGUGCUCCUCGGGAUCCUUGUGUACAAGCGGAAACGCGAGGAGGAGCUGUACGGGCCACCGGAGCUGACGGACGAUCUGCGGCAUUCUGUGGUGUUUGGCUCGUUUGGAUCGAAGAAGCCGCUCGAUUUCGACGCUAUCAUUGCCAAGUCGGGCCCGCUGCUGGAGAUGCUGCUGCUGCCGGGCUACGAGGUGCUUCACGCCGUGGUGGACGUGACGCAGGCGACGGAGGCGGACAACGUGGCCAAGGCUGUGCUCAUUCUCACCGAGGCGCACAAGCUGUCUGUGGACCUGCAGAAGGACUUUAUCACGCGGGAGGUGUUUGGAGCGCAGUCGCAGGCGACGAUGUUCCGGACCAACUCGUUUGCGACCAAAAUGUUCAAGACGUACUCGAAGAUGCAGGGCCUGGACUACGUGCACGCGACGAUUGGGCGACCGCUGAACAAGAUCAUCCACGAUCUGGAGCUCGAGGAGCAGAAGAAGGCCAAGGGCGAGGCGCAGGACGAGACGAACAAGUUCGGGCUGCUUAACAAGUGCCAGCGGAUGUUCAACACGAUUGUGGAGUCUGAGCGGUACCUGCCUGUGGCGUUCCGCGAGCUGUUUGCUCAUGUGCAGGCGUGCAUGUCUGAGCGGUUCCCGGUGUCGACGGAGAACCUCGCGGCUAUUGUGGCGGAGAACCUGCACGACAAUCUGAAGGAGACCAAGUCUGCGUACGUCAACGGGUCCGAGGUCUUCCACGAGAUCGAGAACCUGGAGCCGCUGCUGACGUCCGACCUGGCGUCGAUCGGAGUGGCGAUCAACCCGAUGCGGGAGGGGCUCGACAUGUUCAACGACGCAAUCCUGGAGCUGACGGACAAGCUCGACCAGAUGGUGGACGCGUGUGACAACCUGCAGGGAGCGCUGGACCCGACGUCGCAGGCUGCGCGGCGGCUGCUUGAGGAGCACACGCAGCAGCAGAACUCGAUUGCGGUUGGUGGGUUCUUCUUCCUCCGUUUCAUGGUGCCGUGCAUCACGGCGCCCGAGUCGUACGGGCUGGUGAAGGAGCUGCCGACGCCGACGGAGCGGAAGCUGCUUGUGCUGAUCGGCAAGGUGCUGCAGAACCUGUCGAACAAGAAGGAGUUUGGCAACAAGGAGAAGAAAAUGCUUCAGUUCAACGACUUUAUCGUGUCGAACGAACGCGUGAUGGCGGAGCUGUUCGACAAGCUCUCGACGGUGCCGGAGCGCGUGGAGGGCGUGGCGGUGACGUUCUCGGAGGUUCCGGAGAAGUACCGCGACGCGGCGAUUUGCACGCUGUACCAGCACAUCGAGCGGCUGCUGCCCAAGGUUGUGGCGCGGCUGACGGACGCAGAGCUGUGCGACGACGAGCCGACGCGAGUGAUGCGGGAGCAGAUGGCGCGAAUGCUCGCGAUGCUCUACGGGCGUGCGGAUCUCGCAGGCGUUGAGAAACAGGCAACCGUGCAGCGGACGGCGCACCUCAACUCGGAGGACGACUCGUCGUCGUCGAGCUCGACGGACUCGUCGGACUCGUUUGCAAUGCCGGCGGGAGCAAUUGUGGAGAAGGAGCUGUAG